UUUGUGCCAGACACUAUGCUGUGUGCUAGAGAAAGAUCUAACUAUUUUGCUAUGUAUGAGGAAAUCAAAAAUGAGUGUGUAUCCCACCUUAUUCCAGAAAGGAUUUGAACAGCUUAGAAAAUUGGAAAAGAUACAGUUAUUGGCCUCAAAAUCUCAAAAUAGUUCUGAUCUCCAGAACUGCAAACUCUGCAGGUAUUCUCUGCAUUCAUGCGCUAAGCAUUUAUAGACUUGCUGUGUAUUAAAUGCUGUACUAAGCAAUUUUCUAAUGCUGACAGAAGAAGGAAAGUACAAGGGGCUUUGUUCAUCUCAGAUAAAUUCUGGAUAUCACUUCAGAUAGGAAAAGACCCCAGUGAUAUUCUUUAUCAUCUGUGAAUGAAGAAAAUCCCUCAAUUGUGGAUCUUACUAUAAGGUGUUAAAUACCUUUUGAAGCUUUUCUUCUUGAUGAGAAAACUUUUAAUGAGGGCCUUAUGUCUGCAGCAUGAUUGGUAGAAAAAUCUGACUAUUAAAACUGAAGCUUAUGAAAACAUGAAUCUUGAUGGUUUCCUGAAUAUUUCAUUUCCCAAGAGUAAUAGCAAACUAGUUAAGGAAUCAAUUUAGUCACAGCCUUAAUUCAAGUAUAAUACAAUAGUGUUUAAUUUUAAAAUACUUGUUGUAAUUUUUUACUAGAUUCCCCACAGAUGAAAACAUCAAAAGAAAAUGGGUAUUAGCAAUGAAAAGACUUGAUGUGAAUUCUGCAGGUGUUUGGGAGCCUAAGAAAGGAGAUGUGUUGUGUUCAAGGCACUUUAAGAAGACAGAUUUUGACAAAAGUGCCCCAAAUAUUAAACUGAAACCUGGAGUCAUACCUUCUAUCUUUGAUUUCCCGACUCACUUACAGGGGAAAAGUGAAAAGCUUCAUUGUAGGAAAAACUUCACCCUCAAACCCCUUCCAGUCACAAACCACAAUCACCAACUUGUUGGUGCUUCCUCGUGUACUGAAGAAUUUCAACCCCAGUUCAUUUUUGAACAUAGCUACAGUGUAAUGGACAGCCCAAAGAAACUUAAGCAUAAAUUAGAUCAUGUGAUCAGCGAGCUAGAGGAUACCAAGAAAAGUCUGCAGAAUGUUUUAGACCGAGAGAAACAUUUCCAAAAAUCGUUGAGGAAGACAAUCAGGGAACUAAAGGAUGAAUGCCUCAUCAGCCAAGAAACAGCAAAUAGACUUGAAGCUUUCUGUUGGGAGUAUUGUCAGGAGAGCAUAGAAUGAGACUAUACUUCAUGA